AUGAAAGAAUAAUAUGAAUUAGAUAAGAUGACAAUGAUGAAGAAAUUGGAAGAUGAAUGUAAUGAUUUUGAUUUUAUUCCUUAGAAAACAAAUUAAAAUAGGAAUUUAAUCAAAAUUUAAGUUAAAAAGAAUCAGAAUUAAAAGAAGCAUUAAGUAAACUUGAUUAAAAAAAUAAAAUUAAAUUAGAAAAAGUAUUAUUAUAAUCAAUUUAUUAUAUUAUUUUUAGAUUCAAUAAUAUAAUAAAUCAUUAUCAUUUUCAAAUACUUAUAAACAUAAUAAUUGUUAACUAAGUGAAACUGGAAAACUUGUGGCAGAAGUUGCUAAUAGUGGUUAAUUUUAUUAUUGUCUUUGUGAAUAAGCAAUUCCAAAGAUUGGAAAAAUAUAGUUUGCAUUUUAAAUACUUAGUGGAUCAAAUUUUCAUGUUGGAAUAGGAUUUAGAGACAUUAUGUAGAAAUAUAAUUAUUAGAAUUGUUAUUAAACUGGGUAUGGUUAUAUAAUUAUAUUAUAAUAGAACAUAUUUAAUAAAUAAAGAUGGUUAUAUUUAUUCACAUGAUACAUCAUAAAAAUUAUAUCCAUGUUACUAAUUAUUCUAAAAUAAAAUUAUUAGAUAAUAUAAUAUUUUGA